AUGGCCGAUAACAAGGCGCACGAUGCCAUUGCGCCGGUGGAGGGGACCUCGCCUUUUGACCCCUCCAAUGGCCCCGAUGGCCGACCCUCUGAUUCUUCGAUGAGAACGGUGAUCCAGAAUGCAAAGACCGCGACGGAAAAGGAACAGAAGAUGAGCCUCUUGCAGGGCAUCAAGCUGUAUCCCAAAGCGGUCGCCUGGAGUGUUUUGAUCUCUACCUGCAUUGCCAUGGAGGGAUACGACAUCAGUCUGGUCAACAAUUUUUACGCCUUUGACCAAUUCAACCGCAAGUAUGGCGAGCAGCUUGCCGACGGAUCAUAUCAAGUUCCAGCCAGGUGGCAAUCCGGUUUGAGUAACGGUGCAUACGUCGGCGAGAUAAUUGGUUUAUUUGCCAACGGCUGGGCGUCGGAGCGUUUUGGAUACCGCUAUACCAUCAUGGCCUGUCUGGUUUUGAUCACCGCAUGGACGGCAAUCUUUUUCACUGCACAGAAUGUGCAGUCUCUCCUUGCCGCUGAGAUCUUGUCUGGCAUUCCCUGGGGAGUCUUUCAGACUCUGACAAUCACUUACGCCUCGGAGGUGUGCCCUGUUGCGCUGCGCGGAUACUUGACCACGUAUGUCAACUUCUGCUGGGGUCUCGGUCAACUCAUUGGAAUCGGUGUGAUCAAGGGAGUGCUCAACCGAACAGACCAGUGGGCUUACCGGAUUCCUUACGGCCUGCAGUGGAUGUGGCCCUUGCCUUUAUUCAUUGGCAUUAUGCUUGCCCCGGAGUCGCCGUGGUGGCUGGUUCGGAGAGGACGUACCCAGGAUGCAAAGCGUGCCCUGGAGCGCUUGACCAGCAAGAACAGCGAGUCUGACUUCGAUGCGGAUGAGACAAUCUCGAUGAUGGUGCACACCACCGCCUUGGAGGCCAAAAUCACCAAAGGUGCGAGCUACCUGGACUGCUUUAAAGGUACCGAUCUGCGACGAACGGAGAUUGUCUGCAUGGUCUGGGCUAUUCAGAACCUGAGCGGCAAUUCCUUCUCCAACUAUUCUACCUAUUUCCUGGAGCAGGCUGGUCUCGAUUCAUCAAACGCGUACAACUUCGCCAUGGGUCAGUAUGGCAUUAACAUGGUUGGUGUAUUUGGGGCAUGGUUCCUAAUGACUCUCGGCAUCGGUCGUCGAACUCUAUGUCUGUAUGGUCUAUGCGGACUGUGCGCUAUGCUUUUGGUCAUGGGAUUUCUAGGGCUUGUUCCUGAUUCACACCGCGACCAAGCCUCCAUGGCCACCGGUUCGUUGAUGCUCGUCUGGGCACUAUUCUACCAGCUCACUGUCGGUACUGUCUGCUAUUCACUCGUUGCUGAGCUUUCGACUCGUCGACUUCAAAUCAAAACUGUCGUGCUUGGUCGGUGCUUGUACAACAUUGUCGCCAUUGUUUGUGGUGUGCUCACCCCCUAUAUGUUGAAUCCCAGUGAAUGGGACUGGGGCAACUAUGCCGGCUUCUUCUGGGGCGGCAUCUGUUUCUUGUGCAUUAUUUACGCCUACUUCCGCGUCCCCGAACCGCGCGGUCGCUCGUUUGCUGAACUUGAUAUGCUCUUUGAGCGGGGUGUGAGCGCUCGCAAGUUCGCGGACACCGAGGUUGACGUGUUCGACGAGACCAUUGAAGGACGUGUUAUUGACGACUACCGGGCCCAGAAGAAAGACCUGACCGAGCCUAGCGACGCGGAAAAGAACGCUGGCUUUGCAUGA